CAACAAAACAGAAUUGGUGAAGAGAAAAAUGAUUGCCUGGUCGGCCUGAUCCAACCCAAAACCAUCUUUUACAGCCCAAUUACUCUUGGACAGACCGAUCAUCUUUUAUGGUCCAAUUUAUCAUUAAAAUUAAAAAUUUAAUAUUCCAUUAAUAGAUAACACGAGAAUUGGCAUAUAUCGUUUUACUUAAACUUAAAUUUAAAUAUACUUUCGUAUAUAUAGUUUUUACAAUGUUUACCCAUUAUUGACUUUAUGAAAAUCUUUUAAGUUUGCUAAGGAAAUAGCAAAGACCAAAUCUUACCUCAAAUAAUGAAAAUCCCAUUUGGUUCUAUCAUUUAUUUAUGUUUCCCAUUAUUGCCAGAUUCUAUGUUGGCAGAUCAUUACAUGCCUUAAAAUCAGGUUAGAUAUGAAGUUUACCAAAGGAAGCAAUGCAGCCCUGCUUAUAUAUAGAUAUUGACAAACAAAAUUUCCAAAAUCCCAGAGCAUUCUCAAUCUCCAACCAUGAGUCCCUUGAAAAGUUAUGUGCUAACCCUUGUUCUUGUUCUUGUUGUUUCCAGUCAUCCCAUUGUGAAUGGUUUCCAAGUUUUCCUUGUCAACAACUUGGGUGGCAAUACAAAUCUUGCUGCUCAUUGUCUUUCAGCAGCCAACGAGGAUUUGGGCAGUCGAGUGAUCCUUCCCGGGGAUGAUUUCCAUUGGGAAUUCAGCAUCAACAUUGGCACAACUGCUGAAUAUGAAUGCGACAUGGGUUAUGAAAACAAGCACAAACGAUUCCAAGUGUUUGAGGAAAGAAGAGAUGCGUUAAGGUGUGGUGACCAAAAAUGUUUUUGGCGUGUGGAUCGUGAUGGCUUGUAUCUUUAUAUUAAGGAAGUUGAUGAUUAUCAGAAACAAUUUUCUUGGUAAUAAAUGUAUUUAUGGCCUUUUUGGAGGAUUCAUUCCUUCUCCUUGGCUUUAAACCUAUCAAGUUAUUGAAAGAAAAAAGAAAAUAAAUCAAAGUUUUAUGUUGACUGCUUUGAACUUUUAAAAGAAUUAAAUCUUUAGUUUAUUUGUUUUCAUUUUUUCAUUUUUAUUUUCUUUUCCUUAGGGAACACAAGCAUUUAUCAUGUAAUUUUGAAGUCAUUGAUAUAUUAGAUAUUGGAAAACUUCACGUAAUGAAAUGGCAUUAUGCAUAUUUUAGGUUCAUAGAGAUCCUUAAAGUUCUCAUUUUGAAAAUCUCUUAGUUUUAUCUUAAAUGAGCAAGAGAAAUUUAUGUAACAAAGGAGAAUUACUUUUCAUAUUUUGAAUCUUUGUUAUUAAUGGAAUUGAAAUUGUCUUUGUAUCG